AUGAAGCUCACCGUCGCCCUCUAUGCCGCCGCCGUGGCCGCGCUCAACCCAUCCUGCGCCCCCGGCGGCAACUUUGACCUCUCCCACUGGUCCCUGCAAGAGCCCGUCGGCGACUCCUCCCCGCGCCAGAUCCCCUCGUCCCAGCUCCAGCACUGCGACGGCUACCAUGACGCCUACUUCUUCACCGCGGCCGACGGCAGCAUGGCCAUGAAGGUGCCCUCUCGCGACCAGUGCGUCACCACGCCCAACAGCCAGCACUGCCGGAGCGAGCUGCGCGAGCAAAGCCCGGCGACGUGGGACCCGAAAGCGGCGACCAACCGGCUGUUUGCCGAGGUGCAGGCGAUUCGCAAUGACGGCGAGGUGUGCGUGGGCCAGAUUCAUAUCUAUGAUGCCAUCUCGCACAAGCCGGUCGCGGAGCUGUACCUGAAUGCAAAGGGGGAGCUGAAUCUGGGGGUGCAGCAGUGCCGGACGUGCAGCCAGAAGCGCAGCCCGGUGACGAAGCUGGGCAGUGGCAAGGAGCGGUUUACGUAUGAGAUUCGGUAUGAAAAGGGAAAGCUGAGCGUGGCAAUCAACGGGGGUGGAUUCAAGGAGUUUACCACGUAUGACUUGGAUUCGCCGAAGAGUUACUUCAAGGCCGGCAAUUACAACCAGGGCACGGGGCCGACGGAGGUGCAUUUCUACCAGCUCAAGGUGUCUCAUUAG